UGCAUCUUGAUUGCCUCAUCAUCUUAAUUUGCCUCACCUGUGUUCAGUCUUCUUCUCUGUGAGUCUCUGUGCUGUCAUCGUCGCCGUGUCUUUGUCGGUGUCCAGCUCCUCGCGUUCUCAGACAACAGGAAGUUUUCCUGUACACCAGGGAAAUGGGCCAGAGUCAUCCGCGCAGAAGAAAAUAAUCCAUCAAAUCUGACAGUAAGAUCAGGCACGUCACCACCGAAACAUCAGGUGACAGUUCUGAGGAAGGCAGAAGAUACACGCCGAAACUGGUUCACAAGGUCAUAAUAAAAGCAGAUGGAUCAAUACAGUUGCCUGCUGCCUGUGAGGAGGACAAUCUUGGCCUUGGUCUCUCUGAAACCAUCUGCAUUUCCAACCCCCGAUAAAGACGGUCCUUGGCGUCGGGUGACGACAUAAUCAGAGAGACGACGUCUGUGAACGCCAGACCAAAAACGGGGUCACAGCCUCGACUGUGAGGAAACCCGAGUCAUUGACCAGGAUUCUGCGAACGCAGCAUGGUGGUCCUGAGAGCAGGGAUGUGUCCCGGGCUAGACGAGGAUUUAGUGCGCGACCUGCGUGCCGCCGAUGUCAAAACAGUGGAGGAUCUGGUCUCAUGCAAUCUGGAGGAACUCGCUCAGAGAUGCUCCGUGUCAUAUAAGGCUCUGUUUGCCGUGCGCCGAGUGCUGCUGGCCCAACACUCCGCCUUCCCCGUGUCGGGGGCUGAUCUCUACGAGGAACUAUUGAGCUCCACGGCCAUCCUGUCCACUGGAAAUCCCAGCUUAGAUAAACUGCUGGAUUCCGGCUUGUAUACUGGCGAGAUAACGGAGCUGUCAGGAGGCCCAGGAAGUGGCAAAUCUCAGGUGUGCUUCGGCGUGGCCGUGCAUGUUUCUCAGCAGCUGAAGCAGAACGUGAUCUACGUGGAUACGACAGGAGGAUUCACCGCCAGCCGCCUGCUUCAGAUGCUACAAACUGAGACGAGCGACAAGGAGGAGCAGAUGGCUGCUCUUCAGAGGAUCCGUGUCUUCCGCGUGUUUGACGUCUUCUCCUUACUCGACUGUCUGUUCGGGCUCUGCAGCGACGGCCUUCAGCAGGCGUCAGUUGGCGGAGGCUCUGUCAAGGCAGUGAUUGUGGACUCUGUGUCGGCUGUUGUCGCUCCUCUGCUGGGAGGCAAACACAAUGAAGGAAUGUCCCUGAUGAGUCAAGUGGCAGGAGUUCUGAGGACGAUGGCCAAGGAUUUUAACGUCGCUGCUUUGGUAACGAACUAUGUGACGAGAAGCAGCAGUGGUGAGCUGCAGCCGGGCCUCGGUGUCUCGUGGAGUCACAUCCCCAGAACCAGAAUCCUGCUGGAACGACUGGAGGAGGGAACUACUGCUGCUUCUUCUGCUGCUGCUACCGCCGAUGUGAGCCGCUCCAGUCUACGAUCCGCAACAUUGAUCAAGUCCUCCAGACAGCCUUGUCUCAUCAGAGAGGAGUUUGACCUGCAGUGGUGGAGUCGCUCCAAAGACCAGAAAACCUCUGGACUCAAGAGGAAACGAGAAGAAGACUCCGAUUCCUGAAGCAGACACUUUUUCAUCCUCAGACCAGAAGGGCGGGACCAUGCGUCUCUUGCGGAUGCACUGCCAGAUCCAGCUGGGCGUGACCCUCUCCGCCCUGCUGUUCUCCUCGGGCUCCGCCAUGGUGUGCGUCGCCAAGGCGGCGUCGUAGUCUGGCACCAGGUCGCCGUCGUACGCCACAAAGUAUCGCCGCAGUUUGUCGAAGUCCUGCGUGGAGUCGGGGAGGAAGAGCUUCACACCGCUGAAGAUGUCGAGCAGAGUCUGCGGCGGGAAAAAGGACGGUCAGAAAAAAUGUUAGUGACGCAACACACGUGUGUAAUGCAAUUCAAACGUCACAGUUCGUGUUUGAACAGAUUAUCGUAACAUGUAAGGAAGUGACAUUUUUUAACCAGUUUUAAGUCACUGUAAAGUUCUGUUGUGUGACUUUGUCAGCUCACAGGAAACAGCGAUAACUUUAAUCAUUAAAAUUUGGUUUCAAAUCCCAAACAAACUAACUUAGACUCUUAAGUGGAAACCAAAGUUUGCGAAUGUCGUGGUUUGUACAGAAUAUUAACGUAGUAACAAUCUUGUAUCACGUACAGAAGCCACAUUUUUACCGUAUAGAAACACGUAGCUGUGUGUAGAAUAAGAUGUGUAGGUCAGGACAACAUUUAAUCUAAAAAGGGGUUUUCCACACACAUUUUAGCUCUAUUAUUAUUAUUAUUAUUAUUAUUGUUAUCAUUAUCGAGCCAUAUUUUUAGACGACUAAUAAAAAAUCUUGAACAGAGGAGAAACUGUUUUCUAUAAUAAUAAAACGGUGUAUAGUUACUUAA